CGAUGAGGUAGCUAGAAUAUAACACUUUCGAUUCUGAUUCAGCUUUGUUCUGAAGACUGAAGAUCCCCCCUCUCUCUCUCCCUCUUCGUUACUUUCCCUUUUUCUUUUCUUUCUCUCUCAUUCUCAUUCUGCUUCUCUUCUCUUUCCGAUUCUUCUUUCUUGCAUGCACUGUGUACUUUGCGAUUGAUUAAUGCACGCAGAGCCGAAUUUCACAGCAUCUCAGAAUCCUGACACACUCUAAAAGAUAACUACCUUUAGAACUAUCCAAUUCGCAAUAUUAAUUGUUUAUUCAAUCAAUAUCAUUCAGGUUUAACUAUCCACCAAAACCACUCACAAGAUGCUCGAAACGAUUAAAUACCUGAUCGGUUGGCCCGGUCCAAGCGGAUUCGGAUCCAAAUCUACCGCCGAGCAAGUCACCGAAAUCCGCGGCGAGCUUCGUUCCAUAACCGCCAUCAUCACCGGUGGAACAUCUGGAAUCGGAGCGGAAACAGCGCGUGUGUUGGCUUCGCGUGGUGCGAGAGUGAUUCUACCGGCGCGUAGCAUGAAAAACGCGGAGGAAACGAGAGAUAAAAUCGUAACGGAAUGUCCUGAAGCGGAGAUUAUCGUCAUGAAACUCGAUCUCAGUUCUCUCAAUUCCGUUACCAAUUUUGUUGAUCGCUUUCACUCUCUCGGUUUCCCUCUCCAUAUCCUCAUAAACAAUGCUGGAAAGUUUGCAGAAGAGCACACGAUUUCAGAAGAUGGACUUGAAAUGACGUUCGCCACUAAUUAUUUAGGUCAUUUUCUGUUAACGAAGUUGUUGAUGAAGACGAUGGUUGAAACGGCAGAGAAGACUGGGAUACAAGGGAGGAUAGUGAACGUAACUUCCGCCAUACACAAAUGGUUUACUGAUGACGUCAUCUCCUAUUUGGCUCUUAUAAGCCACGACAAAAGCCAUUUCGAUGCUACACGUGCUUAUACUCUUUCCAAACUCGCCAACGUUUUACACACCACAGAACUUGCUAGCAGACUCAAGCAAAUGGAUGCAAACGUCACUGUGAACUGCCUUCAUCCGGGAGUUGUGAGAACCAGACUCACCAGAGAACGUGAUGGUUUUCUUACAGAUUUAGUUUUCUUUUUGGCUUCCAAGCUCUUAAAGACCCUUCCUCAGGCAGCUGCAACAACAUGUUAUGUGGCAACUCAUCCAAGGCUCUUCAAUGUGUCCGGAAAGUACUUUAUGGACUGCAACGAAGCCUCCAGUUCCAAAUUGGGAUCCAACUCAAUUGAAGCUUCAAGGUUAUGGGACUUUUCCGAACUCAUCAUUUCUAAGGGUUCAAAAGCUGCCUUUGACCAAUUUCAUCAUAAUCACCUUGAAUUUUGAACUUAGUUUCUUGGGAAAAUGCAAAAGAAAAUAAAAAAAUAAAUAUAGAGUUUUAUGAAAAAAUACACAUAGAAUUUCUCUCUAGAUUAUAAUACAUGAGAGUUUGCUGUGGCCAGACACGUUUUAUGAUCUAGGGCAAACCUUGGGAAAACAGUUGUUUGUUUUAUUUUAUAAUUAGAAGUCUAAAAUAUAAUUUAA